CUGGCUCCUUCCCUCCUAACUCCUCACUUCAUAGUGCUGCGUACUAAAAACAUCGGACGCUAGGGGAUCAAGACGCAUGCCACAUUGCCUCUAUGAGGGCACUUUAACAGAUCUUUCGGGGGGUUUUUUCCCAGUAAGGGGGCUGUGGAGGGAGGACUUUUUUUAUUUUCAUUGUCUGAUGACUGUUUGCACGGCUGAUUAUUGAGUCGAUUGUUUAUUAUUUUGGCUGUUGUUGCCCGACGCCGUGCGCGUUUUUUCCUCCCUUUUUGGAAUCGGCGACUUAUCCCGCGCUCACCAAUGUCCUAUCCUCAGGGUUACCUCUACCAGCCCCCGGGCUCUCUGGCUCUUUAUUCGUGUCCGGCUUACGGGGCCUCGGCUCUGGCCGCACCGCGGAAUGAAGACUUGGCGAGGUCGUCCUCUGGCUCAGCCUUCAGCCCUUACCCUGGAUCGGCUGCUUUCUCCGCCUCCGCGGGUGCAGGUUUCUCCAGUCCACUGUCAUACUCCACUGAUCCAACUACGGGAUUCCCAUCCUACAUGAGCUCUCCGUAUGACGCGCACACGACUGGCAUGGCCGGGGCAUUAAGUUACCACCCAUACGGCAGUCCAGGGUACCCCUACCAACUCAACGACCCGGCUUACCGCAAAAACGCCACCAGGGACGCCACGGCCACCCUGAAGGCCUGGCUGCAGGAGCACAGGAAGAACCCGUACCCGACGAAAGGGGAGAAGAUCAUGCUGGCCAUUAUCACAAAGAUGACCCUGACGCAGGUCUCCACAUGGUUCGCCAACGCCAGGCGGAGGCUCAAGAAGGAGAACAAGAUGACCUGGGCGCCGAGGAAUAAGAGCGAGGACGAGGACGAGGAGGACGGGGACGGAGAGAGGAAAGAGGUGGAGCGCUCUGAAAAAAACUUGGAUAACAGCGAGGCUUCAGCGGAGGAUGAAGGUAUAAGCUUGCACGUCGACACUUUGACGGACCACUCCUGCUCGGCAGAGUCAGACGGGGAGAAGGUCAGCUGCCGUGUGGGAGAGCUGUGCUCCGAGCAGGCCGGCGACAAAUGCGACGAGGACGGCGAGGACCAGAACCACGACCCUCGGGUCCAGCUCUCGCCCAAACCCGUCACCUCUUCGCCUCUUACGGGAGUCGAAGCACCAGUUCUCAGUCAUCACCAACACCAACAUCACCACCACCACCUCCAUCAUCUCCACCAUCUCCACAGCCAGCGCGAGGAUUUGGCCCGGAGCCUCGUCAAUAGCAACAAUAUUAAUACCAAUAAAUCGUCUUCAUGCCUUGAAAGCAGACCUUCUUCAGGGCCGCCUCAGAACCCUACAGUUAAGCCCAAAUUGUGGUCGCUGGCGGAGAUUGCUACCUCGGAUCAAAAGCAGCAACAUCAGCAACAGCAUCUGGGGCAGCCUGGGCAACCAAAUUGCCCCUCCUCCAGCGGUGGCCUCCUUACUCCCCCCACGCCUUCCACCACUUCCCCGGCUUCCAGUUCCCCCUCCCUCUACCCGGCCCACUCCAUCCUUGGAAGACCUAUUUAUUACACUUCUCCCUUUUAUAGCAAUUACACAAACUAUGGCAACUUCAGCCCCCUGCAGGGCCAAGGGAUCCUGCGGUACACUAAUUCAUCUGGAGUGAGUCUGGCUGCCGCCGCCGCCGCCGCCGCCGCUGCUGCUGCAGCAGCAAACGAGGGUCUGAGCUCCUCUCACCAGGCUCUGGAGGCGAGCACAAACCCUAAACACAGGCCAGACUCUCCCCUCGUUAAAAAUAACCCAAACCAGAUUGUUGUUGUCGAGCAGCAGCAGCAACAGCAACAGCAUUUCAGACAAGCAAAUUUAGAAGCAAAGAAAGGUACGUAAUAACACGAUGCGGUGCAAUGUUAACGAAGUGUUUGAACACGUAUUUAAUCUGGCGUUGAAUCUUGAAAAUCGCAUUUGGUUUUUAACGCGGGAGGGAAAUGGCAUCAUGGUGGAAGUAAAAUGAGUUCACUUGUUUCCAAUGCAAAUCAACUGGUUUUCCUUUGUGUCACUUUCAUGUUGCAGCCACACCAUGUGAUGAUCUGGCUGGGUUCUGCCUUGUUCCAAGUCUCAAAUUAAGACUUUUCUCGCGCGAGAAACAAAUGUCAUCAUCUGACACUAUUGGCAGAUUUUCACUUGUUUUAAGAUGAAUACGAUUUUAGGACUGAAUGUGAGACUAAUUAAGAUGAACAUUUUACAGUGCCGUCUAAGCAAUUGAACGUGUACUAUGGCCUAUAAUUCAUUUUCAGCGGAGUGCGAUUUCUGGAAUAAUCCAUUACAAUUGUUGUCCAUUUGUUUUAAAAAUGUGCACAUAUACUAGCCUCAUUGAGUCAUUAAGUAUCAGGCGCUUUAGAAACCAAUAGGAUAUAAGAAAAAGUGUGUAGCAAAUAAGCGUGCAGCAGUACACCUACAGAUAGAGACAUUAAAAUAAGCACCAUUAACAAAAGGCCUCAAAUCAGCCUAACCACGAGCACCCACAAAGACGCACAGUGGCAGCCCAUGCAGAGAAAUGUUGCCAUAGUUUUGAGCAGGAAUCUUAUUUUUAAUGUUUCCUCUGGUGUGUGUGUGUGUGUGUGUGUGUGUGUGUGCAUGCACAGUGGGCCACAGACCUUAUCUUUCAGCUUAGGAUAAUUAUAAUUACACAGGGUCAGCCAAAAGCAAACAAAUCAGUUUGCUCUGUGCAUUCAGCGUGCAACUUUACUUUACAUCUUCCAAUGUCACUUAGGUUGUUAUGGUGGUUACUUUUAUUGCUCACAUUUCUUGCUUCUUCUUCUUCUUUUUUUUCUACACCGGUAAUUAGGCAGUGGGGAUUUCAAUAAGCACUUGCAGUUUAGAGCUGUUUUGGGUAGAGCCAACCUGAGAAAACUUUGUGCUUUCUGGGUUUGUGGAAGGAGUUGAUCAUUUGAUCGCGUGGGGAUUUUUAUUUCCACGGUCUGCAGGUAGGUGUCACAAUUGCUUUGAGUAUAAAGCGAGUAAGGCCACCACCUUUUUGCCCCAUGUUUUAACCCCCCAUAACCUUUGCUCCAAACCGGAUCUAGUGCCACCAUAUUGUCGGAAUGAAAGCUGCUACCGCUUCCUCAGCUCCACACAGGCUGAGACACUCUCCCCAGCACACACGUUUCUAGGAUUACUAUUGUAUUAUUUCAGUUGUUUUCUUUUGAUGCAUUGUGGAUAAUAAUUUCAUAUGCUGGUUUGAAAAAAAAGAUCUCCCAUUAUAUGUGAUUUACAUGUUAUUUCUCAGGUUCCUAUAGUUUGCUUAUUUGCCAUGGUAUAUUAUUUUAGUCGCCUAUAUAUUGACGUGUGGAAAACAUAAUUUGGCCUUUCAAUGAAACCGUAUUUGUAAAAGGAGGUGUCUCGGGACGCAGAGCGGACGGAACUGAAGUGAACUUGAGGACUUCAAAGUGGAAUAGCCUACAUUUGAUAUUUAUUUUUUUAAAUGAUGGCGAAAUAAUGCCUAUAAUUUAUGCAAGUUGUAUUGCAAAAAUGGGAAACUGACAUCGUCUGUUUGUUUUGUAAAUAUAUAUAUUAUGGACGGUUUUUAUUUGAGACGCAUUUGGGAAAAAGCUACACAAUCUUGUUAUCAGGAGUACUUUUACUAAUUUAUAUCUUUGAAUGUACAUAAAAUAAAAAGCGCUGGUAUAGAUGUACUGGCGGGGUAUGCUAUUCAUUAUUCAAAGGAGAAAAUAUUAAACUGUUUUCCCAACUAUCA